AUGUCUUAUGCUACAACACCUGCCCGAGACCCUCACAUCGAUGCCUACCGGGAAUGGCAAGAGUGUGAAGAGCUCGACCACAAGCUCAAAGACCUCGCCGAGUAUCCAGAACGGCUUACAUACAGCAGGGCUCGCUUCUGUUACUCUCCUCCUUUGCAAUCCCCCACAACGGUCAUAGGCUCGCCGACAAACGGCGAACGGAUCAACUCGCGCUUAGACGAGAGGCGCCGACUUAUCAACAGAUACGAGCGUUCGUUGCCCAACAAGCAGUUCCAAGAGCAGGUCGACAAGGCCAAAAGAACUCGGGCCGGGGGAGAGGAUGCGGUCGUGGGAGCCGUCAAAGCUGGGUGGGUAAAACAGGGUAUCUGGAAUAGUAGCUGGGAUGAGACCCGGGUGGGUGACACUCGUUGGUAUUGGCGGCAUGAAGCGCGCCCGGGGCCUGAUGGGAGGCAAGUACAGUCUGGCUUUGUGCAGGCACAGGGCCCCGAGGACAGCAACAGCAUUUCCCGUCCAUUCGCCCAGUUCAUCUACCAGCUCCAGGAGGAACUCCAGAAACUUCACGACAGUCGUAUCCAAUCCUUGUCCCGCGGGGAAAUUAUACACGACAUGUCCACCAAGGCCUAUUACAAGGUGAGAAAGGACUGGGAAGAGCGGCAAAUCUGGUACAACCGUUGGGGACUACUCCCUGGAGCAACCUGGAUCCACGAGCUCCCUCGUGAAGCCUGGCUGAAAGAGGAGAUGGGUGAAAACUAUUUACGUCUCAACGAGGACGGGGAGUUCAUGUACGAUGUCCCACCGCGACCAGCACCCGCGACUGAUGCGACAUUUCACCCGAACCCCGCCGGAUGGAUUGGAGGACUGCUCAAAUCAGCACCAGGGGGGGUGACUGGGUUCUCUCACUUCGCGGGAUCCGGCGGCGGGCUCGGUUUUGCGAAGCUGUCCGAUCAGAACAUGCCGAGUUCUGCCCGUCCGGUGCCCCCUCCCGCUGUCACCGGCGGUCCGACUGCAGACGCGACUCCGGAGGGGUCAAUGGGACAACGGGCUCGGCCGAGGAUCGUGGAAUCUGCAGAGGAUCAGGGACAUUCUAAUGUUCCACGGCCAACAGCAAAGGUCACCAAGGUCUCAAAGAAGCGGUCGGCCCGGGAGCAGGAAGGAGCGUCCAGGGGGGAGCAGAGCCAGCGGCCCCUCCGGAGGAGUCUCCGGCUUCGACAGCUUGCGGCUAAGAUGGGGAGGGAGUAG